CGCACUUCCUAAACGACCUUCUCGAUAAUUCUCCGCCCAGUCUCGGCCUACUCUCGCCGUCCUCCAUACCAUCCACACCACCACACCACACCACACCACCACUGCUCCCGCUACCACAAACACCUCGCUACAACCCUUCCUUCCCCUCCGUUGCGUGAUAUCCAGCCUCACGCUCCCACUCGUUUCUUUCACACGCGUCUGUAGCGAGGCUCCUCCAUUGUUCCUGUUCUUGGAACGUGCCCAUGUCCACGCGCUGGUUCGCAGUCGGACCAGCGAAGGGCAGCAGCAGCAGCAGCAACCUCUCCAGUUCGUAUCGUUCGGGCCAGCACCCCGCAUCCGUUCAGUCGCUACGCUCCGUGCUGAGCGGCAUUGCUGCUCGCGUCGAGCAGCUCCCUACGGCACGGCAGGCUCCUGAUCCUCCCUUGGCUCUGGGCGUAGCUAACUCUCCCGCAGCCUGCCUCUGACACACAAAACACACGUCGACCCAGCACAAGUACCGACUUUGCCAGCCCGUCCGUCCUCGCAAUUCAUCCUGGCGACUUGAACGCACCUGAGGACAGACUCCGUAGACACCAAAAUGCCAAAUGGGCUGGCCGGACCCUUCCGACUCACGCUCUACACGCUUCUAGCCUUUGCGGCUGCUCAGCAGCAGCAUCCGCAACAGGAUGGCGUUCGCAGCUCCCCGCCUGAGAACGCAGCCCUGAGGCAGUUCACGCAGGCGCCUAAUGACGCUGGCGGCAAUCAGCACCACAGCAGCCCCGGCGGUGUCAACAGGAACCCGCCCGCCCCGAGCCUGGGCGGCCAUCACGAGCCCACCCACCGUCGGGGCAAGAGCACCGAUUACGCACACCAACAACACUUCAUAUCAUCACCAUCACCAUCUUCAUCCAAAGAUGCGCGCGCCGUAGCGACUCUGGCUCCGGCCGUCCAUGGUCGCCAGCAGGACGCUGGCGACAAUGGCCGCGCCGUCCGAGCCCCGUCUGCGCCACGAUCCGCUGCCGGAACGGCCUCUGCUGGCCUUCAAACCGUCCGUGCGCGGAGACUGCAGGACUGGGAAGUCGAGGACUUUGUCCUUCUGGCGACCGUCGACGGGUCCAUUCACGCGAGGAAGAGGAGCUCGGGGAAGGAGCUGUGGAAGUUCCACUCGGAUCGGCCGAUGGUGGAGAUCUCGUAUGCAAAGGACCGAUUCAGAGAGUACGACCGCAUGGGCAACGAGGAGGACAUCAUGUGGAUCGUGGAGCCCAACGACGGCGGCACCAUCUACAUCUUCGUGCCCGGCGAGGGUGGCGGCGUCCAGAAGUGGGACAUGACCGUCAAAAAAUUGUUCGACCACUACAGUCCGUACGAGGACCCGAACAUGCCCUUUGUCUACACGGCCGAGAAGAAGAACACCCUCUACACCCUGAAUGCCACCGACGGUACCGCACUCAAGUACUUCAGCUCCACCGGCGGCGGCAUCAUGGGCCAGAAGUCGUGCCGCAAGGUCAACAACCUGAUGCUGGACGAGGAGGACGAGGACGAGGAGUGCGAGUUCUCGCCCACGCUCAACCUUGGCCGCACCGAGUACACGGUCAACAUCCAGUCGCAGCGCACGCAGCAGAACAUCUGCACCAUCAAGUAUUUCGAGUGGACACCCAACAAGCGCGACGACGACCUGGUCGCCCAGUACUUCGACACCCUGGACAACAAGUACAUCUACAGCCGCUUUGACGGCUCCAUCAUCGCUCUGGAGCACGACCGCACCGGCGGUGUUGCGCCCAACCCCUUGUACCAAAAGCAGUUCACCUCCUCGCCCGUCGUGCGCGUCUUCGACGUCGUGAAGCCUCAGGGGGCCGACACGCGCGAGACCCCGCUUGUCAUCCUACCUCAACCCGUUGGCCCGCUCGUCAACAGCGAGCUGUCGGAGAACGUCUUCAUCAACUGUACCGAGUCCGGCAGCUUCUACGCUCUGUCCGAGACAAGCUACCCGUCCGUCACAGACGGGGCCGGUUUUGCGCAGUGCUACAGCUCCUUUCGCUACCUCGACGGCUUCGGCGGGCUCGACGACGACACCAAGAGGCGCCAGGCGCUCACCCCGAGCUCCCUCGUCGGCGUCCACGCGCUCAACGAAAUCCUGAGGCGCGAUCAGAACCUCCUGACCAUCUCCGGCCCGCCGCCGGAGGAAGAGGCGCGCAGACUGCACGACCCGAUACUUCAGAACGAGGCUGGAAGCAUCGUUGGUCGGCAGCCUGUCACGAUCGAUCCACCCAGAUCCAAGUUCGAGACUCUGUCCGGCUUCCUGGGCCAGCAGACGGCGUUCAACCUGCUGUCGAUCAUCAUCGCGCUCUACGUUUUCGCUCCUCCACUUCUGAAGUGGUGGAACAGGCAGUCAGCUCCGGCAUCGCAGACGAAGCAGAUCGUGCCCGUUGAUCCAGUCGUUGUCCAGACGCCUGCUGUCGAAGAGGACGAGGCCGUUCCCCCAGAGCCUGUCGUGACCGAACGCAAGGUCCGCUUCGCGGCGGAAGUCGUCGACGAGGGCGCUGAGACAGGCACCGAGAGCAUCGCUCCCUCGGUCAAGGAUUCCGAGCUCGUGGUUCAAGGCCCCGUGACCGAGGAUGGCACGCCGCCAAUGCCGCCGAAAAAGAAGAAGCCGCACCGCGGAAGCAGGGGCGGCCAGAAGAACAGACCCAGCAACUUGAAGAAGAAGCUGCAAAAGGCCGCUGAAAGCAACAACACCAACGGCGCGGGCACCGAGAUCGAUCAGAUCGUCGAUGGCGUUGUCGGGUCUAGACAGGCGGGCAUGCAACAGGACAUUGCAGGACCAGGUAUCGCAGACGCGGGAAGCAUCACCGACGUCAUGGACUCGAUGCAAAUCAACAGCAUCAAGGUAGACACGAAUCGAGUGCUGGGCUACGGCAGCGGGGGCACGACGGUGUAUGAAGGCACGUUCGAGGGUAGAGAGGUGGCGGUCAAGAGAAUGCUGCUGCAAUACUACGAUCUGGCGUCGCAGGAGAUCAAGCUCCUGUCCCAGAGCGACGAUCAUCCCAACGUGGUGAGGUACUUUCGACACGAGAAAGACAAGGACUUUUUGUACAUCGCCGUCGAGAGGUGCCAAACAAGCUUGUGGGAUCUUUUCCGCGAAGGCCAGCCGGUUGACGGCAUGGCUGACAGCCACAUGCGUCUACUCAACGAGAUUAAUGCCAACAUGACCGCUUCCCUAUACCAGAUUGCGGCAGGCUUGCGCCACCUACACAGCUUGCGCAUUAUCCAUCGCGACAUCAAGCCGCAGAACAUCCUCGUCGCCUAUCCCAAGAAGAAUCAGACAAAGGGACCGCGUCUGGUCAUUUCUGAUUUCGGACUAUGCCGCAUGUUGCAGGACAAUGCCAGCACGCUUGUGGGUACGGUUGGUAAUGCCGGUACGAUUGGGUGGAAAGCGCCUGAGGUGAUCGGCCAGCCACGCAAUGGGGCAGGCACGCAGUCGUCGACCCAGAACGACUCGAACUCCGGUUCGGCCAACGGAGACGGAGCAGCCCCUGGCGUCAAGCGCGCCGUCGACAUAUUUUCCCUCGGCUGCGUGUUCUACUAUGUGCUGACUAACGGGUCCCACCCGUUCGACGCCGAAGACGGUGAUAUUGGCCACGUCGAACGCGAGAUCAACAUCAAGAAGUGGGACAAGCCAAGGCUCGACAAGCUCAGCCAGUGGGGCGACUCGGUCGAAGAACCUCGCCAGCUGAUCGAGUGGAUGCUUUCAAAGCAGCCAGAGCAACGGCCCACAGCCGCCGAGGUGAUGAACCACCCCUUCUUCUGGUCGGACAGCAAGCGGCUGAACUUCUUAUGCGACGUGUCCGACCACUGGGAGCGCGAGUGCCGCGACCCACCCUCGCGAGCGUUGCAGAUCCUUGAGGAGAUUGGGCGCGAGCGUAACGUGCACAAGGGCGACUUCCUCGCCGAGCUGGAUCGGUGCUUUGUCGAUUCGUUGGGCAAGCAGCGCAAGUACACGGGCGACCGCAUGCUGGACCUGCUACGGGCGCUUCGCAACAAGAAAAACCACUAUGCGGACAUGGACGACUUCACCAAAAAGAAGGUUGGCGACCUGCCAUCAGGCUACCUGAACUACUGGAUGCGCAAGUUCCCUAACCUGCUGAUGGCUUGCUACGACGCAGUGAGAGAGUGCAGGCUCGAGAACGACGCACGGUUUCGCAACUAUCUUGAGGAGGCUGUGUAGCAGCGCGCGUGUGUAAGUGUGUUCGCUUUGGCUGGUCUGAUGAUGAUUGAGUAUUGGGACAGGCCAAGGGGACGAUGACUGUGUGUAUUCUUAAAACAAGUUUAAAAAAAUAAAACAGUACAUGAUUCCAUUCACCG